GGUAUCUCCCAGUACAUCAGUUCAACCCUGAAACUUUAUUGGGGUUUAAGCUUUUCAAUUCUGCUUAGCCGUGAAGGACGUUGUCUAAGCAUACAGCCAAUAUGCAUAUCUCUACACUCCCGAUCCUUGCGACUAUCGCAUCCUUAACAACAUUAGCAGUCGCUGCGCCUAAAGUGAAGUCCCCGGCGUUCUUCCUUGCUGGCGACUCGACAACCGCUGUGCAGUCAGCUGGCGGAGGAGGCUGGGGCGAUGGCUUCCUUAAUACUACCCUCAAGAAAGGCGCUACCGGAAAAAACUUCGGACACAACGGUGCAACCACAGUCUCUUUCCGUAAUGGCGGAGACUGGGACAAUGUCCUUGCAGCCGCAAAGUCAUCCCUGGAGAAGUACAGUCCAUAUGUUACCAUACAAUUUGGGCAUAAUGAUCAGAAAGUGGAUAAGAAUAUCUCAAUGGCCGACUUGACCGCCAAUCUGGUCAAGUUUGUGGACGAAGUGAGGGCUGUUGGCGCAACACCCAUCCUGGUUACGAGCUUGAGCAGGAGGCGGUUUACGAACAGCACAGGCAAGGUGACAGAGAACCUUGCCGAUGUGACUGCGGCUGCGAAAGAGGCGGCUGUGAAGUCGAAGGCGAAUAUUAUCGACCUGAAUACCGCGAGUACCAAGUACCUGAACAGCAUCGGUGCGGAUAACGCCGCAACGUAUAACCUCAAUCCCACGGAUUUCACUCACCUAAAUGCUGAGGGCAGUGUCGUUUUUGGCAACUUGGUUGCUCAAUUGAUCGAUGCAGAGGUGCCGGCGCUGGAGAAGUAUGUGGUGCCGGUGAAGAAAAUCGCGACAGCGCUGAAUGCGGGCAAGUACAUCUUCCCGGCAGUCUGAAGAGAUUUAUCGGAUAUGGAGGACAAAUACCGCAUAUAGGGAUCGAUAAAAUACGUAUACACUGUUGUUGUGAGCCGGAGCCUCUAUCAAUAGCCUUAGAGGUACUUAUCCAUGGAUGUGUGCUAAUGACAGGCCACACUGCACAGAUCGGGCAGCAGUCUUCAUGGAACAAAGUUAACUGAAAUG